CAUCUUUGUGGUUUAUCAACGGUACAUGAAUAAGUCACCAAGCAUAUGUUAUAUUAGGGAACAAAAUGGGCCCAAUAUAUAUUUCAAGCCCGUAAUAUUUGAGUGGACCCGAAAGAAGAAAAAAAAAGUAGGCAAAAUAUAUGCCUACAUAGCCAAAACCAAUGCAGUCAAAAUCUAGAUUUUAAGUAAAAUCGAAAACUGAGGUAGAAUCGAAAUCGUAGAUUAAAAUCGUAAAAUCGUAAGAUUUUAAGGUUCAUAUUAAAAUAAAUACUUAAAACACUAGAUAGUAAUAAAAAUGCAUUUCUUGAAUAACAUUCAACCACAUAAAGCAUAAUUACUUUCCAAGAUAAGUUUGUUUGCUAAACAAACACAACUAAUCCAUAUAUUUUUCUUGUACAUAAUAGAAACACACAAAUAAGAAACCUGAAACAUUAUAGAUAUCACUGUUAAUUAAUUGUUAAGAGUAGAAAUUCACAUAAGAUCGUUAGGAUCAACAUUAACAUCACUUACACAUCAUCGUCAUCAUCCUCAACCUCCCCCUCACUCUCAUCGUUUUUAUUUGUUUAAGGACUAAUAUCAUUACUCUUAUGAUCACUUGAAGUACUUUCACCAUUAACCAUAUUUCCUUGAUUACCAUCAUCUGGAAAAGAUAACUCAUUGAUUGAUGCAUUCCCUUCUUAAUUGAUAAAAGGUCGGGUUAGUGGUGCUGAAGGAUUGGGAGAUGAACAAAAGCUUGCAAUGUAAUGGAGAUUUGGAUUAUUGUGAGGGUGGUGGGAACAAACUACAAGCUAAUUGGGAGGGUGGAAGAUAUCGUUGAUGGAAGGAGUUGGGCGCCGACGUGCGAAAGAGGAAGAUACGAGGAAGAGAAUGAAAAUAAAUUGAGGGUUAACUAUCAGGUUGGGGUUGUGUUGUUCAUUAUGUUGGGUUGGGGAAAGUAAAUUUGACUCGAUUCAUGGGCAUAACCCAACUUUACCGGCCUAAUUUUGAUCCAAUUGAUAUGAACCUUGAAAUCGUACAAAAUCGUAGAAAUCGUAGAUUUUCUGGAUUUUAAAGUUUUAAAUCGGGAUUUUAUGGGAUUUGAAGGUUCAAAGAUUUUACAGUAAAAUCAGGAUCGGAACCCAUAGGUAAGAUCGUAAAAUCGGGAUUUUGACUACAUUGGCCAAAACUUUAGCGUUUGUGCCAAUAAUAGCCAAAUUUGGAGAAAUACCACUUAUAGCCACUUCCAUCCAAUUCUUUAACGGUGUUAGCGUUUAGUCUGACUGGAUAAACGAAAGUGCUGACCUGGUGAGCACUUCCGUCCAAUUUUGUCUGUCAAAAUCCACGUGGAUUUAUUAAAUUACAUAAAAAAACAAAAACAAAAUAAAGAGAUUGAAAUCGACAGCCUCCUCCCAAACCCCAUCGUCGCCCUUCAAACUCUCCUCCUCCAACCCUUCCACUUCCGCCUCCAAAAUGAAGGCUUCUCUGGCAUGAAAAAAAACCCAGCCAAAGACAAGGCUCUUCUCCGCCCCUUCGAGCCUCCUCUCUUAUCCUUGUUCUCGGAUGAAAAAACCCAGCCAAAGACAAGGCUGAAAUCGACCAGCCCAAAGCGUCCGACAACCAGUCGAUCAACAUUCCACAGUCGCAAUUGACGGCGCUCCCUCCGGCUUUCUCGAUGUCAUCUUCUCCAGCGUUCCCUCAGUCGACAUUCCCAGCUACAAUCGACUCGAGAACUGCAAAUGAAGCUUCGAAUGGAGGAAGCAUGCCGCGGGAGAUCUCCAAAUCUGUCCCCUUUGAAAAAUUGAAGAAUAGAUCAAUUGAGGGGAAUUUCACUCGUCGUCGAUCGUCGACCUUCGCAAUCCAUCCAUUCCUUCCAGAUGCAAAACUCAGAACAACUCAUUGCUGCUGGUGAAGAGAUGGUUGGGAGAGGAGAUGGAAAGGAGGAGGAAGAGAGGCGCAGUGGAGGAGGAAACAAAGAGAGAAGGAUUUUCUGGAUUGGAUUAGAGAUUUUUUUUGUUGGGGGUAGAAGGUGGUUAGACGAGAGAGACGGAGGAGGAGAGUGUUCUGACUCUAUUUUUUUAAUUUAAAGGGCAAAUACAAUAUUAUAUCCAUA